UUCCUAGAUGACUUUGUGUCAUUCAGGUUUUGGCCUUUAUUUCUGUGUUGUUUAUUCCUCAGCUUUCAAACCUGCUCGUUUCCUCUGCAGCCCCACCAGGGGGUCGAUUGCCACCGGCGACGCAAGGGAGUUGUGCGCAUGCAUACAAAGGGCUUCAAAUGACUCUUUCUGAAACUCUUUCUUAGACUGUGGCUAAGACAAGACAUCAAAUAUCAAUCGCCAUGGUAAACAAUAGACACAAUGUUGUUUUUUUUAUCCUUGUGAGUAACAAACAACAAAUGGCCUUAGUCGAUCUUCUCGUACGCACACUUAUUACCCUCUUGCAGCACGACAUCUAUGUUUUAGCAAUUAACACAUCUGAGCAAAAGCAGUUCGCAUUAUCAAUAAGGUUCUUUUAAAUCAGUGACUGUAGAUUUGCACUAAUUCACCAAUGUCUAGGCCUACAUUAUUAGUGCUGCUUGUUGCAGUCAUUAUAAAUAUUUAUUUAUUCUUCCAGAUUUUCUUAAUGCCAUUUUAUUAUAUAAAAUCCCUGGUUCCGUCCCUAUUUUCUGUAUCUUGGAAACCAUCGCGCCUCGUGUUUUGCCAGCUACUGCGUCUGUGCACGUUAACCAAGGCUGGAAAUUAAUUUUCAGCGGAUUUGUUUACUGUCAAUCAUUCGCCGUUUUCAAAUUUUAAUAGAGCCAUUUACAAUGAGGAACGGUGCCGCACAUCACUUCACAGUGAGUGUUUGCAGAAGGAAAUGCAUAAAGAUAAAAGUGGUUUGCCGGUGCGGGAAAUGACAAAUCCCAGUUAUGAAUGUUCUGAUCAGCAAAAGAUGGGGAGUUUAAGAUGAAGUCCCUGAUUGGCCUACUUCCUGUAGAAUCUUCCUGUGCAAAUUAAGUUAAUCACACCUUUUGUUGAACGCACCUGGGGGGAUGUGUGUUAGGGUAGCUAAAAGAGGCAGUUGGUAAAAAUCCUCUUUGCAUCAUCGUCUCAGACUCGUCGGUUCUGUUUCGCCUUCAGACUGAUGCGAGAGGACAUUUAAAGCUCCCGUUCCUGUCCUGAUGAGACUUUCGGGCCAGCGUAUGAAAGCGCUUUGAAUUAAAGCGUAGCACGACGAAGACGGGAAACUGCAGACACCGUGACCCGAAAUAAGAGACCGAGGACACUUAAGCGCCGCUCGAAAUGGCUCAGUCCAGCCAAAUAGUCCAGUAAAAUCUCUGCGGACCUUGCUGUUUGAUUAAUUUAUGCGACGCUUGCAGAAGCGCGCGUGGAAGGGAAAGAGGCUUCGCUCAGAGUGUGCAGCUGUCCCUUCCUGGCGUCCAACCUGACCCCGGCCAUCCCCGCCGUGGGCGGGGUCCUGUUCGUCUUCGUGAUGGGCAUGCUGUUCAGGGCCAGCUUCAGCGACCCCGGCGUCCUGCCCCGAGCCACGCCCGACGAGGCCGCCGACCUGGAGAGGCAGAUCGACGCGGAUAACGGCCCCAUCUCGGGGGGUUACCGCCCGCCCCCCCGGACCAAAGAGGUGGUCAUCAACGGGCAGACGGUCAAGCUGAAGUACUGCUUCACCUGCAAGAUCUUCAGGCCGCCGCGCGCUUCGCACUGCAGCCUGUGCGACAACUGUGUGGAGCGCUUUGACCACCACUGUCCCUGGGUAGGGAACUGCGUGGGGAAGAGGAACUACCGCUUCUUCUACCUCUUCAUCCUCUCGCUGUCCUUCCUCACCAUCUUCAUCUUCACCUUCGUCAUCACGCACGUCAUCCUGAGGUCUCGCCGGACGGGCUUCCUCAGCGCGCUCAAAGACAGCCCCGCCAGUGUGCUGGAGGUGGUGGUGUGCUUCUUCUCCGUCUGGUCAAUAGUGGGUCUCUCUGGGUUCCACACCUACUUAAUCAGCUCAAACCAGACGACCAAUGAAGAUAUUAAGGGAACGUGGUCGACAAAAAGAGGGAAGGACAACUACAACCCCUACAGCUACGGCAGCAUCGUCACCAACUGCUGCUCCGCCCUGUGUGGGCCCGUCCCGCCCAGUCUAAUCGACAGGAGGGGCUUCGUCCAGCCCGACACGCCCCAGCCGGCCCCCCACACCAACGGGAGCACCGUGUACGGGACCACCCAGACGCAGAGCCACAUGUGUGAUCAGGACCAGUGCAUUCAGAGCACCAAAUUCGUUUUGCAGGCCGCGGCCACGCCCCUGCUCCACAGCGAGCCCGUCUCCGCCGGCGGGGAGCCCCCCCUGCCCGGCAGGACGUCCCUGGGGGGCCACUGCGCCGCCCUGGCCCCCGGCCACCCCUCCCUGCCCACCUCCACCACCAGCCUGUGCUGGGAAGGGGACCAUCACCACCAGCACCACCCUCACCCCCACCCACACCCCCACCACCACCACCAUCAUCCCCACCCCCACCCUCACCCACACCCGCACCCGCACCCCCACCACCACAUGCGGACCCCCGAGGAGGCGCCCUCGCCCCCCGGCGUGCUGCCCUGCGGCCAGGCCCCGCAGCUGUACGACCCGGCCAGCAUGGACUCGCUGCACGAGGACUCGGUCCGGGGCCUGGUCAAGCUCAGCUCCGUCUGAGAGGACCCGCAUACGCUGGGACCCGCCGAGCUGCUCGUCAGGACAGACUGCUCUUCCGCGAAAUGUUAAUACGUCCAUACGAACAGCACAUAACCGACUCGUACUUUUACUUUGUAGAUUUUUUUUUUUGUAUUUUUUUGUAACUCUUUCCCAAGACUUGCCUCCAGAGAUGCUGUCGGUUGGCAAUAUUUUUAAGGUCUUGGGAACAUCUCUUGGGAAAUGAUGAAGGCAAACGCACGCCCAUGAUGCAUCUCUGCGGGGUUUGAGAAACACUGCCCUGCGUUAUCCGUCCUUGUGCCAAUCAACCAUACACCCCCCCCCCCCCCACCCUCCUAAUUCUGUAAGGGCUGGAUACCAAAAUCAGCAGGAAAACUCAGGGAAGCCCUGAGAGUUUACCCAACCCCCACCUUCCCCACCCUCCCCUCAUAUCCCAGUGCCAUUCAGCCCUCUCUUCACAAAAACCUGCUAGAUCUUCAACUUCAGCUGCCCCGCCUCCGAAUCGCUGAUACCUCCUGGGCGUGGCACCCCAGAAAGCUGGAGCCGGGGCCGGCUCCGGCUCAACUGUCCGUCACGGAACCUGACCCGCCCACUCCCCCCCGCCCACCAGCUCUCUGUCCCGCCCCCCAGCCCCCGUGCUGACGUUGUCGGCGAUGGAUCGGUGAUGCGUUGGCGACGCCGUCACACUUGCCCACUCAGAACAGGAAGCCUUUUUAUGCAUUUCCAAUUCCUGUACGAGCCAUUACGUGCGCGCUGAAAACCGGGAGGGAGGAAGGGAAAAAAAAAGCCAGAAAUGGUCAGCUUUGAAGUACUGGAUGUUUCUAGGCAACCAGAAGGCAGCGUGACAGAGAAAUGCUCAACAUGUUUAGAAACCGAUUUUUUUUCUCUCUCUCUCCCCCAACGCGUCACAAGCCUGCCUGUGCCGUUUUAUUUUUAAAAAAUGGAAAAACCGCCUCGUUGAUCACCGACGGACUGCCUUUUCUAUUUCUAAAACUCUUCAUGCUGUGGGGAACGUGGUUGGCACGUACUUCACUGUAUCGUGUUGCCUGUCGUUUGUACAGUAAUGCUCAUAUCCAAAAUUGUGGUGUGCCAUACAAAGAACUUUUUUUUUUAUUUCCUUCCAAAUGCAAUAUUUCCUGUGAAUAUGAAUGAAUAAAAUUACGACUUUUAUGAAAAGAUUUUUGAUUUCUCUCCAGGACGUUUGCUUCAUAAAAUGCGUUACAGCAUUGCCUGGACUUCUGUCACUAUUGCCUGAAGAGUGGAACUAAAGAUUUCUGGAUUAAAUGACAACACCACACACGGUAAUGGAUACUGGAAUGUGCUGGAAGCUUAGUUCGUGCUCAAAAGAAUAUGUUCCCUGUGUGCCAGAAAUGCUUCCAUUUUCGCAAAUAAAUCUGACAAUGUAAGCCUGAGGGAAAAUA